AUGAAGUCGGCCACAUUGCGCUUCACUAACUUGGAGCGACCCCAGCCGAAGGCUGGAGGUACAGAAAAGAGCGCCAACCAGGAUAACAUCAUUGAGCUGCCGCCGCCGCCCGAAUCGAAGCUGAAUCUUCCGUCAAAGUACAUUUGGACCCCACAUCUCACUACGUUGUCCCAAGAGGAAAAGUUACGACUGGAGAAGGUGGCUCCGUCUUUCUAUCCAUACGACAAGUGGGCCCGCAUCCCAUGGAGCAAGUAUCACCUGCCGAUCUCGGCCCCACGGGUCCACCAAAUCUCCUUAUCUCAUGAUACAUUCUCAGAUCCCUUACCUGGCCGUCUACCCCCUUUGAUCUUCAAAUGA